UUCAUGGCCUAUUAGAAGUAGAAGAUGCUCUGGUGGGAUCUUCACGGACAGAAAAAGAUUGUAGUCAGUUUGAUAAUGAUCGAGUGACAUUGCUUCUUCGGCCCGAACCGAGGAAUCUCUUAGAUAUGAUGCAAAAGGGCUCUUGGUCUAUCCUUGAUCAGAGAUUUCUCUAUGAAACAGAGUUUGAAGAAGGGAAGGGAGAAGAAGCCCUUGACCCGCAGGAGGAUUUAUUCAAUCACAUAGUUUGGGCUCCUAGAAUAUGGAGCCCUUGGGGAUUUAUAUUUGAUUGUAUCGAAAGGCCUAAUGAAUUGGGAUUUCCCUAUUGGUCCAGGUCAUUUCGGGACAAGCGGAUCAGUUAUGAUGAAGAGGAUGAGCUUCAAGAGAAUGAUUCGGGGUUCUUGCAGAGUGGGACCAUGCAGUACCAGACACGAGAUAAAUCUUCCAAAGAACAAGGCCUUUUUCGAAUAAGCCAAUUCAUUUGGGACCCUGCAGAUCCACUCUUUUUCCUAUUCAAAGAUCAGCCCCCUGGCUCUGUGUUUUCACAUCGAGAAUUAUUUGCAGAUGAAGAGAUGUCAAAGGGGCUUCUUACUUCCUAA